CACACAGCAUGCCAAUGCGACCAUGUCUCAAUGAGCACUAAAACACUAUCUUCUUCAAAUUAGCUCAUUCUUGUGUUUGCUUUCAGCCUGACUGACUCAGGGAUAGCGCGCUCGAAAGGGAACAGUAUGACCAGAAUUUCCCCUUUGGCAAUACCUGCUGAUUGGGUCCUAAAAGCAAGCUGCUUUUAACUUUUUAUAUUUGGCUCCCUUCUGCCAUGACUAGUCGCAAAAGAUUGUUUCUCUAGCCUAGCCUUUUUAGGACAAGGUGAGAAAUAUUGGUCAGCAGCACAGAUUGUUUUGGGGUUUUUUUCUAAUUGAAAAACGGAGUGCGCGCGUAUGAACGCGCGUGUAUGUGGUGAAGAUGUUUUGCGAAACUUUUUUAAGGAUGAUAUUCCUUGGAUGUUUCCUGUUUCUUUGUGGGCUUACGCAUGCCAUACCAAGUUAUCCUAUCUGGUGGUCCCUAGCGGUGGGCCACCAGUACUCGUCCCUGGGCUCCCAGCCCAUCCUGUGUGGCUCCAUCCCUGGCCUGGUGCCCAAACAGCUGCGAUUCUGCCGAAACUACGUGGAGAUCAUGCCCAGUGUGGCCGAGGGGGUGAAGAUUGGCAUCCAGGAGUGCCAGCACCAAUUCAGGGGCCGCCGCUGGAACUGUACCACCAUCAACGACAAGGCCAUCUUUGGACCAGUGCUGGACAAAGCCACGCGGGAGUCAGCAUUCGUUCAUGCCAUUGCCUCAGCGGGGGUGGCGUUCGCGGUGACGCGGUCCUGCGCCGAGGGCUCAGCCACCAUCUGUGGUUGUGACACACGCCACAAGGGCCCACCUGGAGAGGGCUGGAAGUGGGGCGGAUGCAGCGAGGAUGUGGAUUUUGGCAGCAUGGUGUCCCGGGAGUUUGCAGACGCCCGUGAGAACCGGCCCGAUGCGCGCUCUGCCAUGAACCGCCAAAACAACGAGGCGGGACGAACGUCUCUGAACGACAACAUGUUCCUGAAGUGUAAGUGCCAUGGCUUGUCAGGCAGCUGUGAGGUGAAGACGUGCUGGUGGUCCCAGCCUGACUUCAGAGUUAUCGGAGACUACAUGAAGGACAAGUACGACAGCGCAUCAGAGAUGGUGGUGGAGAAGCACAAGGAGUCCCGCGGCUGGGUGGAGACUUUGAGACCCAAGUUCACCUUCUUCAAACCACCCACGGAGCGAGACCUGGUCUACUACGAGAGCUCGCCCAACUUCUGCGAGCCCAACCCAGAGACAGGCUCUUUCGGGACACGCGACCGUGCCUGUAACCUGACAUCACACGGCAUCGACGGCUGCGACCUGCUGUGCUGCGGCCGGGGACACAACACCCGGACGGAGAAACGGAAGGAGAAGUGCCACUGCAUCUUCCACUGGUGCUGCUACGUCAGCUGCCAAGAGUGUGUUCGAGUCUACGAUGUUCACACCUGCAAAUAGAUAGGGCCUUUGGGACUGCUCUUUCUGCACCUCACCAAAUGUUUUUUUUAAUACUUCAACGUAUAAAAGAAGAAGCUACUGUAUGAGCCAGGCUCAGAGAACUUGAGAGGCUUUGAUUGGACUUUGAUCAAGCAUUAGUUGACUUGUCUGUGGAUUCAGCUACAGUACAGUCACCUAAUAGGCAACCAAGAUGGCUGCCUGUCAUGUGAUGCUGUGGUGUCAGCCGCUCUUAGAAUGCUGAGGUAGUUGUAGAAUACAGAGGUGGACUCAUGGAGGCUCCAUUCAGAAAAUCAACAUGGUUAUGUUGAUGAUGAUGUUGAUGACCACCAUCUCAUCGAUAGAGGCAAAAGAGGAGACCAUUACAGUCAACUAAGAGUAGCCAAGGAGUGACUUUCAGUGACUUCCAGAAUGGUGUUUCAAGGCCUUGGUUUCCUUCCUGACACAACAAAAGAAAACUGUAGGUUGUAUAUGGCUAUAUAAACUGUACUGUUGACAAGCACCAUGUUGGUGAAAAGUCUGUAUACUCUGUGUUGACUCCUUCAUGUAGAGCAGAACAGCACUGUCUAAACCUUUAGGACACCAUACAAUCUAUUUUUCUAAAUAUUAAGUGGCACUCUGCUCUCCACCUUCAUGGUACUCAUUUCUUAUUAAUUGCUUAUGAGUUUUAUAUAUCUACAAAAAAAGAACAGCAUUUCUGAGCUGUGUUCACAACUUUAUAUGACCAUGGUGCACUCAAAAGUACACAUUCUACUCGACAUUUGCAGUAUGUAAGUGGUAACUAACUUUUCAACUGUUUUAUGAUAAAUAUAGUGUUAACAUGUUACUAAUGUUGGGAUUAGAAUGCACUUGCACCUAAGUGAAUGUAGUUUUUACAUUUCUGUGUUCAUGUAUUCUCAAAUCCUCUGUCUUUUUUAAUCUGUGGUAUGAAGUAGGAUUAUUCUGAUCUCAAAAAGCACAUGAGCACAAAUCAACCAAAUCAAACAGGUUUGAAAAUAAUUUAUGUUUAUCCCUAUACAAUCUUCUAUCAAUGUCUCGUCGGGAACCCUGCUACAACUGCAAGCUCUUUGAAGAAAGUUGCCAAGAGGUUUGGCCAUAGAACGUUAGAUGAUAAAAACAAAGUUUAGCCCAAAGACAAAUGACUUUCAGCUGGUGGAGGAUGAGGUGGUCAGAGAGUCUAAAGUGAGUUUGAAAGUUCAGCACUUGUGUCUAGUUGAAGAGAAUAAAGCUUGUUCUACUCGUUUUUAUCAGUGUUAGUAACCGUUCAGCAGAACACGGUAUGUGUAUCAUCACGUGUCCCGGUGCAGACAAACCCAUGCUAUUUAGUGUUUGAAAAUGAAAGUAUGUGAAAGAGAUUUGCCCACUAGUAUAAUUCUGUUUUCAUUAUGCCCAUGAAUGCAUGUAUGCAAUCUUACUGUUUCCUAUCUGUAAGCUUUUACUAACUGUAAUCUGAAAUGCUUCUCAGAGUAUACUUUGUACAGUAUGUUAUGAACAGCAAUCUGAUGUCACGUGGUAACCCAGCUGUAGUUGCUGUAAAACGAUGACCAAAACCUGUGUAUCUGAUUCUGAUUCCUGGCUUAUAGAUGUAGGAUCUUAAUUUGAUCACCCUGUUUCAGGAGAACCUUCCUGCAAUACAGGACAUUUAAAACUUGUAGUGUAUUUAAGGUAUCAACCAACUACAAAAAUGUCCAUUAAUUAUAAUCCACAUAAUAAUUCACAAACUGGUUCAAAUGAUGAUCCUACAUCUGUUUUCUUUCUCCUCCAACCUUACAAACUGCAGCAUCACUGAAACUAUCAAGACUUCCCCUUUCUAUGCUGCUAAUUAUACAUGUAUGUAUGUAUGUAUGUAUGUAUGUAUGUAUGUAUGUAUGUAUGUAUGUAUGUAUGUAUGUAUGUAUGUAUGUAUGUAUGUAUGUACACUACAUGACCAAAAAGUAUGUGGACACCUGCUCGUCAAACAUCUCAUUACAAAAUCAUGGGCAUUAACCCUUUAGAGUCCAAGCCCUGUCUAAACCGGGGGAUAUAUGUCAUUGUUUUAAGAAGGUCGUACCAAGGAUAAUUUAGCUAUUUGAUUUAGAAUUUUAAGACCCCUUGAAGUAUCAAAAAAAUAUAU